AUGUUAAAAAUUAUUAAAUACUUUGGCACCAUCAAACAUUUUAAGUUGCCUGAUUUAGGAGAAAGUAAAAUGGUUAAUAAUUAUUAGAAAUUAAGGAAGCUACUAUUGUAAAAUGGCAUGUCAAAGAAGGUGAUAAAAUCACAGAAGUACAAUAUGUCUCUUCAGAUAGUUUGAUCCUGUUGCAGAUGUUUCCACUGACAAAAUGUUCACUUAAAUCCCUAGUAGCUUCACUGGAGUCAUACAUAAGAGAUAUCACAAAGAAUAAGAUCAAUGCCAAGUUGGAGAGUUGUUUGUAGAUAUAGAUGUUGAUGAAAUUUCAUCUGUUUCCAAUCAGAAAAAUUAAACAACUCAACAAUCAUCUCAAGCUCCAACACCUUAAAUUGCAUCAAAACCUACUCCUUAAAGAGAAUCAUUGCUUUAAAGGAUUUCACCAUCUGCUAAAUAUUUGGCCUUAUAAAAUAAUAUUGAUAUUAACAAUGUUAAAGGUACUGGCAUCUAUGGAACAAUCACUAAAGAUGAUAUUUCAAAUUAUCAAGAGCAACCAAAAACUACAUAAUAAAUUAAUUCAAUUUCAUAAUCAUAAACAAUAAAAAUGAGUGAUUUUUAAAAAGGCAUGUAAAAAUCUAUGACUGAAUCAAAUACAAUUCCACAUUUAUAUUUAUAAGAAGAAAUUGAUGUCACAUCUUUAGUAAUUCUUAAACAUAAUAUCUUAGAGUUCGUUUAGAGAAGAAUUAAAGAAAUAAUAAAAUAUUACUUUUAUGACCCUCUUUAUUAAAUCUUUUUCUCUUGCAUUACUUUAGUUUCCUAUAUUAAAUUCAACAUAUGAUCCAAGUGUCCCUUUUUAAUUUAUCACACAUCAAGAUCAUAAUAUUUCUAUAGCUAUGGAUUCACCUAAAGGUUUAGUUGUACCAAACAUAAAAUAAGUUUAAAAUCUAUCAAUUUUAGAGGUUCAAUAAUAAUUAAAUAAGUAUUAAUUAUUUUAGAAACUAUAGAUUAAAAAAAUUAGGAGAUGAAAGUAAAUUAGGUCCUAAUGAAUUGAAUAAUGGAACAAUUUGUAUUAGUAACAUAGGAACUAUUGCAGGUACAUAUGUAGGACCUUUAAUUUUACCUCCUUAAGUAUGUAUUGUAGGAAUUGGAAGAGUUGUUUUAUAACCUAGAUUUAUUGCAGGAUCAUAUUAACCCAGAAAAAUUGUAAUUAAUUCUUUUAUAUUUUAUUUAAGAUCUACACAAGUUUUGGUUGUGAUCAUAGAAUAUUGGAUGGUGCUACAAUUGCUAGAUUUUAAAAUACUUGGAAAUAGUAUUUAGAAUAACCAGAAUAAAUGAUGGUUAAAUUAAAAUGAA